AUGGAUUUCAGGUUCAAAGCUGAGGAUGCGGGCGAAGAUGCUCAACGCUGUAUCAAAAUCGUGGAAGCAGAUAUGGAUUCGCUGCUACUGGUGCUUGAUAAUGAAGAUCCUGAGCUCAGUGAACUAGUCAUCUAUACCUUGCGUAGCUAUGUGGCGCUUUUCAAGGAUAACUGUACGGAUGAGCCUUUCGACCCGGAAAACAAAACCAUAUUCAUCUGUGACUUAAAAACAAACCAGUAUGUGACGAAGAUCGUGUCCGUUUGCUUACGACGGUUUGUAAUUAGCGAAGAACUGGACGUGGAUGGAUCGGGUGAAGAUGAAAUCGAAUUCGCCGAGUACAGGAAGGAACUGCGCGGAAUUCUUAAUACGAUCGGGAACAUGCGUUGCGACCUGAUAGUGGCCCCACUAGAAGUUCUGGUUGAUGAAGUUGCGGCCAGUGGCGGUGGCACGGCAAUGCCUAUUGCACGAUUGGAAGCUAUUGUCCAGUUGGUUCAUGGUCUGGUGGAGAUUAUUCCGGCGAAUUUCGUCAAUAUGAAAGAAGGAUGGAUGGGACGUGGUGCAUUGUUACCAGUCAAUUUGCUCAACUCUAUGCAACUAGAUGGCCGAUCAGCUACAGUUCAUGUCUUAUACUUUGAGAUCGCUUGCCGAUAUGAACGUCUGCUUAUGGCACGCCCUCAACCAGUAAUACCGCAGGUCGCAGCAGCAUUUUUGGACGAAAGAGGAAUAGCAUUUCGAGUUGCUCGUGUACGAACUCGCAUUGUUUACCUAUUCUGUCGAUUUGUGAAGGCACAUAAGACCGUGCUCAGUCCGCUGGUAUCCGAGGUGAAGUUUGAAUGUAAUCACCCGUUGGCUCCAUUGCUAGCAAUGUCGCCGCAUUCUGACCAACUGCUCACCGCUGACGAUCAAGCUUUUAUUUUCGAAGCGACGGGCACACUUAUAGUUUUUGGUGAACUCGGAGUGGAACAGAAGUCUGUCUACAUCAGUGAACUAGCAAAUAAGCUUGGGGAGCGUUUCCUUGCUGCCGUUACAGAGCUCCAAGGAGCUCGAGCUGCAGGGGACGCCGCGAAAACGCAGACUAUUCAACAGUUCAUGACCAACAUAGUUGGAUAUUGUAGGUAG